CGCCGCCGCCGCCGCACCAUGUCGUCCGGGGGGAUCGCGCGCGGCCGCCUCGCCGAGGAGCGCAAGGCCUGGCGGAAGAACCACCCCCACGGCUUCGUCGCCAAGCCCGAGACGGUGGCCGACGGCACCGUGAACCUCAUGGUCUGGCACUGCACCAUCCCCGGCAAGCAAGGGACUGAUUGGGAAGGAGGAUACUUCCCUCUUACCCUUCAUUUCAGUGAGGAUUACCCUAGCAAACCUCCCAAGUGCAAGUUCCCAGCAAACUUCUUCCACCCGAAUGUUUAUCCUUCAGGAACAGUCUGCCUUUCAAUCCUUAAUGAGGACAGCGGUUGGAGACCAGCUAUUACUGUGAAGCAGAUUCUUGUUGGAAUUCAGGACUUGCUUGAUCAGCCAAACCCUGCUGACCCUGCUCAGACAGAUGGUUAUCACCUUUUUAUCCAGGAUCCAGCUGAAUACAAGAGGCGUGUUCGGGUGCAGGCCAAGCAGUUCCCUCCGUUGGUGUGAGAGCAUUCAGCAUUGGCUGCUUACUGAUCCAUGCUGCACAUCCGCCUAGUUCUUGCUAGAUCUUAAAUGAAUGCCUCUGCAAAUAUGGAAUUAGAUCAAGUAUAACCCAGAAAAGGGUGCUAGAUCUCUGAGAAGUAUUUACCUUCAUUGUGGGACCAAUUGCGAUUUAAGACCAUCUUGGUUGUAAUCGGAAUUUCAUAACUGUUCGAGUGCUUGUUUUGUGGGUUAAUGUCAAACUUCGGUUUGUCCUGUUAUCGGAGGAGGAUUGUUCUGUGUGUCACUGCAGUUCUAAAUGCUAAAGAACAUAUGUUUUGGAUGCAGCAUUUGCCAUGUAUCUAUAUAUAUGCUUGCCUCUCUUCUCUUC